AUGAUCAUAAGUUGUUAUUCUUGGGUUGGUGUGAAUUGGGGAACCAUAACAACACACCAACUUCCACCUAACAAGGUGGUUAAGAUGCUUAAGGAAAAUGGUUUCAAAAAAUUGAAGCUUUUUGAUUCUGAUGAGUUGAUUAUGGAUGCUCUUAGAGGGAGUGAUAUAGAGGUCAUGAUUGCAAUACCAAAUAUCAUGUUGGAAAAGAUGAGUUCUAGUUCUGAGGCAGAUUCUUGGGUGUUUGAGAAUGUAACUAAUUACAUGCACAAUGGUGGAGGUGGUGGUGGUGUUGUGAAUAUCAAGUAUAUUGCUGUGGGAAAUGAGCCUUUUCUUAAAGCAUAUAACGGAAGAUACCUAAACAAAACUCUGCCAGCUCUCAUGAACAUACAAAGAUCACUCAUCAAAGCUGGUUUUGGAUUAGAGAUCAAAGUCACAGUUCCAUUCAAUGCUGACAUAUACUAUUCACCUGACUCAAAUCCAUUGCCAUCAGGUGGUGAAUUCAGGCCUGAGGCCAAAGAAUUCACCAUUGACAUAAUCCAAUUCUUGUACUCAAACAAUGCUCCUUUCACAGUUAACAUCUACCCUUUCUUGAGCCUCUAUUAUGGCAAUGAUCAUUUCCCUAUUGACUAUGCAUUCUUUGAAGAAAACAACAAGAAGCACUCUCUUAGGGAUGGAAACUUAGUUUACAGCAAUGUGUUUGAUGCAAAUCUUGAUACCCUUUUGUGGGCUCUACACAAGGAAGGUUACCCUGACAUGGAUAUCAUAGUUGGUGAAGUUGGUUGGCCAACAGAUGGUGACAAAAAUGGAAAUGUCAAUAAUGCCAAGAAGUUCAACCAAGGCCUAAUUCAACAUGCUCUAAGUGGAACUGGGACUCCAAAGAGAAAAGGUAUGAUGAUUGAUAUGUACCUAUUUAGCCUCAUUGAUGAGAAUUCCAAGAGUGUUGCACCAGGGAAUUUUGAGAGGCAUUGGGGGAUUUUUGAGUUUGAUGGGAAGCCAAAGUAUGAACUAGACUUAGAAGGGCAAAAUAGGGAAAAAGGUCUUGUCCCUGUGGAAGGUGUAAGGUAUAUGGAGAAAAAAUGGUGUGUUUUGGAUUCUUAUGCUUCUAAUUUAGACUAUUUAGCUGUUAGCAUUGACUAUGCUUGUAGCUUAUCUGAUUGCACUUCUUUAGGGUAUGGUUGUAGUUGUGGUGAGUUAACUCUAGAAGGUAAUGCAUCUUAUGCAUUUAAUAUGUAUUAUCAAGUGAAUGAUCAAAGGGAAUGGGAUUGUGAUUUCAAUGGCUUGGCUGUGAUUACACAUGAGGAUCCUUCACAAAAUGGAUGCCAGUUCCCUGUGAUGAUAGCUCAUGGUGGCUCUUCUUUGAUGUUGCAUGGGGGUAUUAUGGACAUUUUCAAGAAAGCAUUAGAAUUUAUGUUAUUUUUGUGGUUUUGCUACAAUUGA